CCGCGAUCCCGGGUCCGCGGGUCGUCGCGCCUGCUAGUCGCGCUCCCGGGGCUCCUGGACCCUUCUCCGAGUCCCGGGCCUCCUCCGGGAAGGCCUCUCGGGUUUGCCGGCGCUCGGGGAUCGAAGACCCCUCCCUUCCCGGAAGCCCUGGGAACGCGGGGAGCCGCAACGCGGCGCCCAGUUGGCUCAGUUUCUUGCCUCCUACUCUUGCAAACUUGUUGGAAGUUCCCUGACUGCGCUGGUGUUCUCCGAAGUUGCUUGGGACUUCAGGCAGCUCGGGGAAUCUGGGAUGAGCCUUAUGGGCAGAGGAGCCAAGGCCUCUGGGAGGCCCCAGAGCUCGCUUUGCCCCAGCGGGGGCCGGAGUUAGGAUCCCGACUUUGCAGAGCGGUGUCACACAUCCACCCCCAGCCGAAGUGCUGGGGCAGGUGACAGCAUGGCCUUCUCCCAGGUGCAGUGUUUGGACGACAGCCAUGUCAACUGGCGCUCCAGCGAGUCCAAGCCGGAGUUCUUUUAUAGUGAGGAACAGCGGCUGGCACUGGAGGCUCUGGUGGCCCGUGGCCCCGAAGCUUUCUACGAGGUGCUAAAGCGGGAGAACAUCCGAGACUUCCUCUCCGAGCUGGAACUCAAGCGCAUCUUGGAGACUAUUGAGGUGUACAACCCGGGCUCUGAGGAUCUUCGGGGUACCAGCAACCCCCAGGGGCCCCAGGUCAACGGGGUGGGUGAUGGAGAGGAAACCAGUGGGGCAGAUGGGACCCCCACAGAGGCUGAGCCGCUGCCGCUGCCCUCGCUGGAGUACUGGCCCCAGAAGUCUGACCGCUCCAUCCCACAGCUGGACCUAGGCUGGCCCGAUACCAUCGCCUACCGUGGAGUGACCAGGGCCAGUGUCUAUAUGCAGCCCCCCAUAGACGGGCAGGCCCACAUCAAAGAGGUGGUGCGCAAGAUGAUCAGCCAGGCCCAGAAGGUGAUAGCCGUGGUCAUGGACAUGUUUACUGAUGUGGACAUCUUCAAAGACCUGCUGGAUGCUGGCUUCAAGAGGAAGGUGGCCGUGUACAUCAUUGUGGAUGAGAGCAACGUCAAGUACUUCCUGCACAUGUGUGAGCGGGCCCGCAUGCACCUGGGACACCUCAAGAAUCUUAGGGUACGCAGCAGUGGAGGAACUGAGUUCUUCACACGGUCAGCCACCAAGUUCAAGGGUGCCCUGGCCCAGAAGUUCAUGUUCGUGGAUGGAGACCGGGCUGUGUGUGGUUCCUACAGUUUCACGUGGUCAGCUGCAAGGACAGACCGGAACGUGAUCUCUGUGCUGUCUGGCCAGGUGGUGGAAAUGUUUGACCGGCAGUUCCAGGAACUGUACCUCAUGUCUCAGGGUGUCAGCCUCAAGGACAUCCCCAUGGAGAAGGAGCCGGAGCCAGAACCCAUUGUGCUGCCCUCUGUGGUCCCUCUGGUACCCACGGGCACCGUGGCCAAGAAACUUGUCAACCCCAAGUAUGCGCUGGUCAAGGCCAAGAGCGUUGAUGAGAUUGCAAAGACCUCCUCUGAGAAACAGGAGCCCAAGAGGCCUCCAGGGCUGCAGGGCCCCAUGUUGGCUGAAAGGCGGGGGGAUCUCCCUGAGCUGCCGCCACCUGUCCACCCAGGACUGCUCAACCUGGAGAAGGCCAAUAUGUUUGAAUACCUGCCUACGUGGGUAGAGCCCGACCCAGAGCCUGGCAGUGACAUCCUGGGCUACAUCAACAUUAUAGACCCCAAUAUCUGGAACCCCCAGCCCAGUCAGAUGAACCGCAUCAAGAUCCGUGACACAUCCCAUGCCAGUGCCCAGCACCAGCUGUGGAAGCAGAGCCAGGAAGGCCGCCCCUCCCCAGAGCCCUGCCCACCCCCAGGGUCCAGUGACCCCCACGAUGGGGUCCCAGCUGAGAAUGGCCUCCCCAGGGGAGACUCUGAGCCUCAGCUCCCUGUGCCCAAGCCCCGGACAGUCCCCGUGGCAGACCUGCUUGCCCAGGAUGGCGGUGAUGUGGACUGGGUUCUGGAGACCCCAAAAGAGGAGACACCUCCAAAUGGAACAGACCUCAGGCUACCCAGGGUGGUGGACCCAAGCCAUACCCCACUCCAGCGGCAGCUGUCUGUGACCCAGGAUGACCCUGAUGGCAUGGGAGCAGGGUUCCCCAAUGGGCUGGAUGGUGGGGAGGAAGAGGAAGAUGAUGAUGACUACGUGACCCUCAGUGACCAGGACAGCCUCUCAGGUAGCUCCGGCCACAGCCCUGGGCUCCGACGACCCUCUGUGGCCUCUUCUGUGUCAGAUGAAUACUUUGAGGUGAGGGAGCGCUCAGCCCCUCUUCAAAGGCGCCACUCAGAGCAGAUGGCCAAUGGACCAACCCAACCACCCCGUCGGCAACUGAGUGUACCUCAGAUAACCCGAGUGACCUUUAGGCCCCUGGGUGGCUCCCCAUGGGCACAAGGCCGGGGGAGAGAAGAGGCAGAUGCAUCAAGGAAGAUGCAGGCCCUGCGCUCUGCAGACAAGGAGGCACAGGGCCAGCAGUUCCACCGUGAUGGCCCUGUCUCAAGGACUCCAGGAGGUCCCCGGUACCGCACUGCUGCUGAUGGCACCCAGAACUCUCCUAGGAAAGCGAGCCUGGUCACGGCAGGCCCCCAUCACUGGCAGCCCAAGGGCAGCCCAAUAUCCUGCAUGCUACCAAAUCCCAGGAGCCCUAGGCCACCACGAAACACCCGCAUCCUGACUGAUAGCAGAGCCACCGAGGAGCAUCCGAGUCCCUUGGGAAUCCCGUACUCCAAACUGUCCCAGUCAAAGCACCUAAAAGCCAGGUCAGGGGGCAGCCAGUGGGCUCCAUCUGAUUCUAAGCGAAGGGCCCAGGCACCUCGGGACCAUAAGGACCCCUAGCAGCCCAGUUCGGGCUGGACCCACCAGAGCCCACGCUGGAAGGCCCACACUGGCACUUGCCUGGUCGGUGCACCAGUACCAGGUGGCCAUGAUGGUCAGGCCGAAGGUCAUCCCCGUCCAUGGGAGGUCCCCUGUGUAAGGGUCCCGGAACAUGUGCAUGGCAUCCGCACGUGGCAGGUGGCAGGUGGUGUUGGCGAUGGUCCUGGAGGGGAUGGCCCGGGCAUAUGCUGCCUCCAGCUGCCCAAAACCACCAAUCUGGUUGAAAGCUGGAAGGGUUGAGCAGGACAGGGACAGUUUGGUUAGGUGUCCCUGACUCCCCAGCUCCCACUGUGUUCCUUCAUCUCACAAAUAACUUCCUAACGCAUCAAACUGGAGUUUUUUCUACCUUGCCUUUCCUGGCAUUUGGGAAGGUGUGGCAGGUAGAGGGUUUAAAAAAAAAAAGGUGAAUUUAAAUAACUAUUUUAUUUGUAUUUAAGAUAAUACUAUUAAAUGAGCAUUUUGCACGUGG